UCUACGGUAUUUACAGCUACUCAUUAUCAGUAGGAUUAUCCAUUUUGACUGUUACGGGUAUGAUAGCAGAUAUUAAAACUGAUCCUAGACAUUCCUUAAGAAUGACUGAUGUGAAAACCAGAUUUGUGACAUGUGGAGACAUUAGUAUUGUGGUGGUUAUAGUUGUAUUUGCAACAAUGACCUUGCAUUUAAAGAUUAAAAUGUUUUGGAAACUCAUGAACAUAUUAAAUCAAGCGGACCACAUCAUUCCAUUUAAAAACCCCAAGAGAAUUAAAAAAGCGUCAGUCAUCUUCAUAGCAGCAGUCAUAUUCACCAUCGGCCUAAUUUAUGCCUACGAUAUCAUUUUAAAAUCAAGAGGAAAAAGUAUUUCGGCGUACAUAAAAUAUUACUUUUCAUUUUAUAUGCUCUACAGUAUUGUCAUAAUGAUAGAAGUGUUCUAUUGGCACAUAAUUCUUUUAGUAAAAGUACGAAUCUCUUUGUUAAACCAGGAUCUUGUAAAAGUAAGAGACCGAACAAAUAUUAGUAAAAACGUAUUCUUAGAGGACAUUGUCGGCAAAGUUUAUUUAAGCAAAAUUAUUGUUAAUGGUGAUAAAUUAACUAAUAGGGUUAAUAAUACAAGAACAUCUUCAAUUGAUCCCUACGUAAAAAGCGAGGAAUCUCAAAAUAUAGGCAAAUGGUUAUUAUCUCUAUCAAUAUUUCAGGAUAAAAUUUUUGAAGCAACUUCCACCAUUAACAACUCAAUGGAAUUAUGUAUACAUGUUAUAAUGUUAAGCUGCCUACUUCAUCUAAUAGUAACGCCGUAUUUUUUACUUACCGGUUUAUUUGAUGGAGCAGAUCCCUUUUAUGUUAUACUGCAAACAGUUUGGCUGUUAGGUCAUAUAGGACGUGUUCUUAUUAUCGUAGAGCCCUGUCAGAUUUGCAUUAAUGAGCAUAAAAAGACUGCCAAUUUGAUCUGCGAACUUCUUACAUUUGAAGCCGAUGAGGAGGUUAAAAAAGCUCAUCAUAAAACCUCAAGUGUUAUAUCUGAUAUGUUAACUUACGAAGUGGACGACACUAUCAAAAAAGGUAUGACAAUGUUUUCACUUCAGUUUAAUAGAUGGAAACUAAGAUUUUCUUCAUGUGGAUUUUUUAAAAUUAGCAGAGCUUUAUUGACAUCGAUUGCUGGAGCUGUAACUACAUAUCUUGUUAUUCUAUUUCAGUUCAACACUACUUGA